UCGUCUUCGAUUGCUUUACCUAAACCAAAGUCAAGUGAUGCUAAUAAAAUUUCAAUUCGAAGCUCAGCCCUGGAAACAAUGCCAUUUCCGGCAAACAAAUUUAUAACCUCUUCUUUCUUUGGACUCACAAUUCUGGUCGCUCUCAUCGCUUUUUUCCUCAAAUUUAAAUCUACACAGAAAUUGUUCACUGCUGAAGAACUGGCAUUGUACAAUGGAACCGAUGAUUCAUUACCCAUACUGUUAGGAAUUUUGGGAUCUGUAUUUGAUGUUACUAAAGGAAAAUCUCACUAUGGUUCUGGAGGAGGUUACCAUCAUUUUGCCGGAAGAGAUGCCUCCCGUGCGUUUGUUUCUGGAAACUUUUCAGGAGAUGGACUUACAGAUUCAUUGCGAGGUUUAUCCAGCACUGAGGUCCAUAGUGUAGUUGGAUGGCGAGACUUCUACUUCAGAAGCUACAAAUUUGUUGGAAGGCUUGUGGGUCGCUACUACGAUAGCCAAGGAAAUCCCACAAAAUAUCUAAAGGGAGUAGAAGCAAAGGCUGCUAGAGGAGCACAACUCUUGGAGAAACAAAAAAUUAUGGAAGCUAAACAACCCAGUUGCAAUUCAAGAUGGAGUCAAGAUGAUGGUGGAGAGGUUUGGUGCGAUAAUGGCUUCCCAAGGUUGGUUCAGAGACCUUUAGAAAUUGCUUUAACAGGAAAGAUGAGCAAGCGAUGUGCCUGCUUUAAUGAAGAUCAACUUGGCCAGCCAGGGUUGGAGGUCUAUGACGGAUGUGAUUACCUUUCCAAGAGAUGCCGAGUUUAAGUAACAGCACUUGAAGAGGUCAUCUGUAUAGUUAAAGUCCCCUAAAUUCCAGACAACUUUGUUCAGCGGUACCGGAGUGACUUCAGGGUUGAGCAUCUUAAGAGUUCCAAUCCCAAUAAUAACCCCAAAAACCAAAAAAUUUUCAGGCAACUUUUUGAAGAUAUGAUGCAAAAUUACUAUAUAGAUUAUGUUGGGUACGUUUUGAGUAACAUGAAGAGUUUGUAUAACAUGGAUGUCAUGUAUCCCUAGUGCAGUUGUGGAAUUGUCUCUGACUUUUCAAUGAUUGAUUUUCUUAUCAAUUUUUUAGUUGAAAUCUAAGAUCUAAUCUUUAGAAAAUUCCUAAAUAAAAAGAGGAACACUGUU